AUACAACUGAUGUCGGGUACAUGCGUGUUUGAGCUUGUAUUGGUCGUCUACAAGGGAAGGCAGCUCUCUCGACGUUCUUCAGCGUGAGGUCUGAGCAUGAGUGCCAUCUAUCGCAGUUGAUUGGCCGGCCUGAGAAGUGCUGGGACCGGGGCCUCUGUCGCGGGCGCGGGGUUCUUGGUGAGGGUUGAGGGUUGAGGAAGGAAGGCUCAAGUUGCGCACACGAUUCAUGAUUCAUGAUUUUUGCCUUGUCCAAUCUUAUCCCCGUAGAUUCCUUCCCUCACUUUGUUCUCCACGAAACCCAUCCCAACCCCACGACACGCCCAGACACCUUUGCACGACGUUGUCCCUUCUUGACCUGAACAGAUCCGAGCUUCAUCAACUGCUGCAAGACGCAGCGCCUCCCUCCAACCAUCGGUCUGCGCCUGUUUCGUUUAUUGCCGAAGGGCCCGCGACAUUCUGCGCCGAAGUUGCCACCGCGCGCCCAUCUCUCAGCAACACCCACACAAACGACCAAUUGGCCCUCGAGCGACGCAGCGACUAUCGCACAACGCAGCCGGCUAUCUUGGGGGGAAGUCCUUCUCGCGCUUCUAGUCGCACCUUUAAAUAAGCCGUGAUCCUCGAGAGUCACAGCGAGGUGCCAACCGAAGCGCUCGAG